AAAAGAGUGGUGGAACAGCUUCGAAAGAAUUUGAUAGUGAAGCAGGAACAGCCAGACAGUAAAUUUCAAAUACAACCGUUGGCACAGUCAGAAAACAAACUACAGACACCACAGCCGCAACCACUACAACAGCUACAGCAGCAUCACCAUCAACAGCAGCAGCAGUCUACUGCACCCUCUCCAAACGUGAUUGGAUCACAGAAAACUGUAACUACAGCUUCUAUGAUCACCACUAAGACACUACCUCUCGUCUUGAAAGCAGCAACUGCGACCAUGCCUGCCUCUGUUGUGGGUCAGAGACCUACCAUUGCCAUGGUUACUGCUAUCAACAACAAUCAGAAAGCAGUCCUCAGCACUGAUGCACAGAAUGCACCAGUCAACCUCCAGACAACAAAUAAGGUCACUGGGCCAGGAGCUGAGGCAGUCCAAAUAGUGGCAAAAAACACAGUAACUUUGCAGGUCCAGGCUACACCUCAGCCCAUAAAAGUGCCGCAGUUCAUUCCUCCUCCCAGACUCACUCCUCGUCCAAAUUUUCUUCCACAGGUUCGACCUAAACCAGUUGCCCAAAAUAACAUUCCUAUUGCCCCAGCACCUCCUCCAAUGCUUGCAGCUCCUCAGCUUAUUCAGAGGCCUGUGAUGUUGACAACAAAGUUCACACCCACCUCUUUACCCAACUCUCAGAACUCCAUACAUCCAGUUCGCGUAGUUAAUGGGCAGACAGCAACCAUAGCCAAAACUUUCCCUAUGGCACAGCUCACCAGCAUCGUGAUAGCAGCACCAGGUACCAGGCUCACUGGACCUCAAACUGUACAGAUCAGCAAACCAAACGUUGAAAAACAGACUAUUAAACCACAUGUGGAAGCAGAAGAGAAGCAAACAGAAAGUCGUACAGUUACUCCACCUGCUGCACCGAAGCCAAAACGAGAAGAAGAUCCACAGAAACUUGCCUUCAUGGUGUCUCUGGGACUAGUUACUCAUGACCAUCUGGAAGAAAUCCAAAGUAAGCGACAAGAGAGGAAAAGAAGAACAACAGCAAAUCCAGUGUACAGUGGAGCCGUUUUUGAGCCUGAGCGCAAGAAGAGUGCGGUCACGUACCUGAACAGCACAAUGCAUCCCGGGACACGUAAAAGAG